UUAAGAAUGAGAAACACUGUCGGACUUUUGUGUUGAGAGAGUGAUGCUCCGUUUGCUGCUUGCUUUGUCCUUUCUCUUUAUAAUCAAUUCCCAUUCCUUGAUCCCCCAAUGCUAUAGUAUAAAGCCAAAGUUCUCAAUUUUCUGCAUUGGUUCCAUAUUCAACUUCUCUCUCCCUUUCUUCUGCAAUCGAUUCUUGAUGAAUUCGGGCCUUUCUCUCAAGAUUGGAGGAAUUUGAGUAAGUGGGUCGGCUUUGUCCAUUGUGUUCUUGAUGGGUGCUGCUCCUGCUCAGUGCGCUUAUGGAAUCUCAGCUCACUGCGGUAAAUUGGAACCGCCAAGCUUCUGCAUUUCUUCAACUGUUGAAAUUGGAACAGCCAAAGUCUGUACAAGCCCCGCUCUCAGCAUUCCUUCAAAGAAAUUUGCUACUCGAAUUUGUUGUACCGCCAACGACAAUGAUUCUUUCUGUGAAAAAGCGCCAACCCCUAUACUCGAUAUGGUUGAAUCCCCAAUUCAGUUAAAGAACUUGUCUUUGAAGGAACUGAAACAGUUGGCUAAGGAAAUUCGAUUGGAUCUAUUGUCCAUAUUUAAGAAAACACAAAAACAAUCAAAGGCAAGCUUAGCAGCUGUUGAGUUGACCGUGGCCAUACAUCAUGUUUUUCAUGCUCCUGCUGAUAAGAUUAUGUGGGAUGUUGGAGAACAGGCCUAUGCACACAAAAUUCUCACAGGGAGGCGAUCUCUGAUGCAUACAUUAAAGCAAAAGGAUGAACUUUCUGGCUUCACAAAUCGGUCCGAAAGUGAAUUUGAUCCUUUUGGGGCAGGGCAUGGGUGUAACAGCAUAUCUGCUGGACUCGGCAUGGCAAUAGCACGGGACAUGAAGGGGAAGCGCGAGCGCAUAGUUACGGUCAUAAGCAAUGGGACCACAAUGGCUGGACAGGUCUAUGAAGCUAUGAGCAAUGCUGGAUACAUGGACUCAGACAUGAUUGUCAUCUUAAAUGAUAGUCGCCUCUCUCUAUAUCCGAAAUUUGAAGGUGGCCUUAAGACUUCAAUCAGUGCUCUCUCGAGCACACUGAGCAAACUCCAGUCAAGCAAAUCAUUCCGAAAGUUUCGAGAAGUUGCCAAGGGUGUUACAAAAAGAAUUGGCAGGGGUAUGCAUGAAUGGGCAGCCAAAGUUGAUGAGUUUGCUAGAGGUUUGAUCGGCCCACUGGGAUCAACUCUCUUUGAAGAGCUUGGCUUGUACUAUAUUGGUCCUGUUGAUGGGCACAAUACUGAGGACUUGGUCUGUGUUUUGCAAGAAGUGGCGUCAUUGAACUCAACGGGCCCGGUUUUGGUUCACGUAAUAACUGAAGAAAAUCGGGAAGCAGACCAUCAUGGCCAACAGAAUGAGAAAAUGGACAUGAAUUCAGAAGGUUCGAUGAAUCCAGAUCAACGCGCACAUGAAAUUCUUCCCAGAACAUACUCCGAUUGCUUUGUAGAGUCAUUGCUAAUUGAAGCAGAUGGAGAUAGGGAUAUCGUGAUGGUUCAUGCCGGGAUGGAGAUGGACCCAUGUUUUCAGCUCUUUCAGGAAAAAUUGCCUGAAAGGUUCUUUGAUGUAGGAAUGGCAGAACAGCAUGCAGUGACAUUUUCUGCCGGUCUGUCCUGUGGAGGUUUGAAACCAUUUUGCAUGAUCCCAUCUUCAUUUCUUCAGAGAGCUUAUGACCAGGUUGUUCACGAUGUGGAUCGGCAGAGAAUCCCUGUACGUUUCGUGAUAACAAGCGCGGGAUUGGUGGGCUCAAAUGGCCCAGUCCAAUGUGGGCCAUUUGACAUAACAUUCAUGUCAUGUCUGCCUAACAUGAUCGUGAUGGCACCUUCUGAUGUGAACGAGCUAGUGGACAUGGUGUCAACUGCAGCUCAAGUCAAUGAUCGGCCCAUUUGCUUUAGGUACCCAAGAGGUGCAAUCUCUCGAGUAGACAAUUUUAUAAGCGUGGGGAUACCCAUUGAGAUAGGCAAAGGGAGAAUUCUUGCUGAGGGUAAAGAUGUUGCUUUGCUUGGGUACGGGUCGAUGGUCCAUAACUGCCUAAAGGCAAGGACCCUCCUCUUAACGCUCGGGAUUGAGGUGACCGUCGCGGAUGCAAGAUUCUGCAAGCCACUCGACAUUGGGCUUCUGAGGGAGCUGUGCAAAAACCAUGACUUCCUAGUGACUGUUGAGGAAGGAUCAAUAGGAGGGUUUGGAUCGCAUGUUGCUCAGUUUAUUGCACUAGAUGGGCAGCUAGAUGGAAGAGUUAAGUGGCGUCCAAUCGUUUUGCCUGAUAACUACAUAGAGCACACAUCAUCUGCAGAACAGCUCACUCUUGCCGGUCUGACUGGGCACCAUAUCGCAGCAACUGCAUUGAGCCUCUUGGGUCGAACUAAAGAAGCCUUGCUCUUGAUGACCUAGAAAAAGCUGAACAGUUUUGUUCACAUUCUUUAGGAUGAAGAUGAAGGACUGGACUUUUCGGGUGUAGAACUAGUAUAUAAUCAUAUGCAUAUAUGUAUGUAUUAGAAACUCUUCCGUUGAUAUUCAACAAUAUAAUCAUUAUUUUCUAUCAAUUAUUCAUUAUGUUUUUCCA